AUCUUGAAAUUAAAGAUGGUAGCUCUCACUAACAAUAAUGUGCAAUAAUGCUGUUACAAUGAAGAUGCAAAAUUGAGUGUUUGCUGCUACUUAUUUUAUGAAGUAUUUAUAAUAACACUAAAAAGAUGGAAAGUGCCAGUUGCACAUUAAAUAAUUUAUGGACAUCUUACAAGAGAUGGAUUGUAACAAAUCCACAGUUGCUAUCAGAUAUCGAAGCCACUGUUAGAUGUUUAUCUUAUUUUAGUUUUGGACAUUUGGGUAAUUCAAAUUUGGCUAUUGAAUUAAUUUAUUCUAUGCCAAAUUUAAUUGUGCUAUGCAAUGAUUUGCUUAUGUAUAGUAGCAAAUGCACAUAUCUGAAGAUACCACAGUUUGAAUCAAAAAUUAAAAUUUGGCUGACUGUAGUCGAAUAUACUGAGACGUUGCUUGAAAUAUCAGCCAACAAAUUGUGGGGAGCGAAGGGAAAGUGGUUAAUAAUUUUAAUUGUACAAUUGUUUAAAACCGUAUUACGAUUGUUAUUGGUUCACGUGUACAAGGAGCGUGUCACAAAAAGUCCUGCAAUACCACCACUUGAUAGAGAAAAGUUUAAUAAAGUCAUUCACAAUGCAGAAUUGAAAGAAGGAUUUACACUGAAAAGAUCAGGCACUGUUAUUAGAAGCGUGAAACAUUCGGUUCCUGUAGAAAUGCGAACAUGGAAAGCUUUACCAUCUAACAUAGAUGAAAAUGAGAAUUUAACAAAAAAUCAACAGUCUUUGAUAAGUCUUAAGCUAGCUGAGAGUCUUUAUGUAACAAAGCCGUUGCUUCAUCUUGGAGCUAUAUAUAUUACUAACCAAAAGCGUUGGCCGCCGUGGAUGUUAUCACUUAUUAUCGAUAUGAUCAGUUUAAAUAUCUACACUCGCUCCAGCCAAAAGAUACUAUUCAGUAAAGAGGAGAAAGAAGAACUCGUUCGUCGAAGAUUGAGUUUGCUGUUGUACAUCUUAAGAUCGCCGUUUUACGAUAAGUACAGCUGUACUAAAAUAAAUGCCUUGCUCGACACGGUAUCUACUUCUGUACCUUUCGGCAAGUUAUUGGCAAAUGCCGUUAAAAAGAAUUUACCGUACAUGCAAAGUAUGUAUUUUUACAUGUGGUCACGCUAAUUUAUUCCGUAAGUUUGCUAUGAAGAAUACUAAACUAAUGCAAAAGCUGAAGCAUAAUCUAAUCAUUCCGUGAUUCGUGAAAGAUCGGGAAAACAUAAAUUAUGAUAUUUUUAUACUCUCUCUAAUUAUAUUGUUAAAGGGUAAACUUAAGUAAUGGUAUUUGUUAUUAUUU